AUGGAGAAGCUAGCCAUUGAUAAAGAUGUGGAGUACCUUUUUGAAAAGAGCAACUUAACAAGGACAUCCGUUGUUGGGUCGUCUUUGGCAGAUUAUGUUGCUUCCAAGUCCGGACGUGUCAACACUGUGUUUGAGGAAGAAUUUAAACAUGUUGGCUUUGCGGUGGUGUUACUAGCAGCUAAUUCCGUCUCAAAGGCUUCAGUGACUUCGCCAACGGCAGUUCCAUGGGUAAAGAGUUUAUUGGCUGAGUUUACUGAUAUAUUUUCAUCUGAUUUACCAAAUGGGUUACCUUCCCUUCGUGAUAUUCAACAUCAGAUUGAUUUUGUUCCGGGAACCGGAGCAAUUGCCUCUAUUGCUUUCAAUAGCUUAGCGGUACCUGUUGUUGAUGGAAACUUGAUAAGAGUGCUUGCUAGACUAAAGGCCAUCUCAGCUAAUCCAAAAGACCGGCUUACAGCCAGGAAUUUUUGGAAACUAGCUGCCCAGCUAGUGGAUCCUUCACGUCCUGGAGAUUUCAACCAAUCUCUGAUGGAGCUUGGUGCUACUCUAUGUACUGUUUCAAAGCCAAGUUGCUCUUCUUGUCCUGUUUCCAGCCAAUGCCGUGCAUAUUCACUUUCCCUGGAGAAUAGAAUCAUUUCCAUGACAAAUUAUCCUACAAAAGUGGUCAAGGCCAAGCCAAGGUGCGACUUUUGUUCCGUAUGUGUUUUGGAAAUACUGAACCUGGAGAGAAACCAAUCAGGAGGUAGAUUUGUUCUUGUAAAGAGACCUGAAGAGGGUCUGCUUGCUGGUCUUUGGGAGUUCCCAUCUGUUAUAUUGGAUAAGGAAGCUGGUUUGGCAACAAGGAGGGACGCGAUCAACCUCUACCUUAAGGACGCAUUUCAAGUAGAACCCAAGAAAACAUGCACUACAGUUUCGGGAAAAGAACUUGGAGAAUUCGUCCACAUUUUUACACACAUACGUCGAAAAGUGUAUGUGGAGCUAUUAGUUGUACAACUGACAGGUGGAACAGAUAAUGCAUCUGUUGGAGAUUACUAUGCCUAG